AUGCCCAACCGAACCACCGUGACCGAGUUCGUGCUCCGGGGGUUCUCAGAUAUCCGGGAGCUGCAGGUUUUGCACUUUGUGGUGUUUCUGGUGCUUUACCUGGCUGCCUUGGUGGGGAAUCUUCUCAUCAUCACAGCCAUAGUCUGUGACCACCGUCUGCACACCCCCUUGUACUUCUUCCUGGGGAACCUGUCUCUCCUAGACCUCGGCUCCAUCUCAGUCACUGUCCCCAAAUCCAUGGUCAACUCCCUCCUGAACUCUAGGUUGAUUUCCUACCCUGCCUGUGUCGCCCAAGUCUUUCUCUUUGUCGUCUUCAUUUCAACAGAUCUUGCCUUACUCACCGUCAUGGCCUACGACCGAUACGUCGCCAUCUGCCUCCCGCUGCACUACGAGAGAGUGAUGAACAGGAGAGCCUGUGUCCAAAUGGCAGCUAGUGCCUGGAUCACUAGUAUUGUCUACUCUGUUCUGCACACCGGGAACACCUUCACUUUACCCUUCUGCCAGUCCAAUGACAUCAACCAGUUCUUCUGUGAAAUCCCCCAGCUCCUCAAACUGGUCUGCUCCGACUCCUACCUGAGUGAGGUUGGACUUCUUGCCUGUGGUGUGAUUCUAGGUUUAAACUGUUUUGUUUUCAUCAUUGUGUCGUAUGUUCAGAUCUUCAGAGCGGUGCUGAGAAUCCCCUCGGAGCAGGGCCGGCACAAAGCCUUCUCCACCUGCCUCCCCCACCUCGCUGUGAUCUCCUUGUUACUUUGCACUGCUUUAUUUGAGUACUUGAAACCCACCUCCAGCUCAGCAUCAAGUCUGGAUCUGGUGGUGGGUGUUCUUUAUGCCGUGGUGCCUCCCAUAAUGAAUCCGGUCAUCUACAGCCUGAGGAACAAGGAGAUUAAAGCUGCAAUGAAAAAAUUGACUGGGUGGAGGUUAUUUUCCAAGAAUUGA